AAUAUAAGUAUCAAUAAAAUAUUUAAUAUUUAUUACAUCCGUCUAACGAUUAGACGCUUGUAAAAUUCAAUGCCCAAAACCGACAAAAGGCCAACACUAACGUUACACUGCUCAGUCUUUGCUCUGCUUCAGUUUUCUCUCAACAGUCAACACAGUUCCCCACAAAAACAAACACCCAGAGACAGACACUAUUUACACACCAUUGUCAAAUUCAGCUCUCAAAACCCACUUUUCUGAGCUUCUUAGGUCACAUUCCUUGUUGGGUUCUUCCUUUCCUUGAAGAUGGCGACUGAGAGCUCUCAAAUCCUUCAACCCCAAACCGUCGAUUCGAGCCUCGGAGGUCCAAACCCUCCGGCAAGAACCGAGAUUGACACGUCCGUGCCGUUCGAGUCCGUGAAGGAGGCAGCGAGCCGCUUCGGCGGCAUGGGUUUCUGGAAACCGGCCUCGCACAAGCCGUCCGAGCAUGCGUCCGAGUAUGAAGAUGAAACAGCUGACAUCGUCAAAUUGGAGGAGGAGACUGCACAACUAGAAAGAGAUCUCAUCGCUAAGGAAAGGGAAACUCUCGAUGUCCUUAAAGAACUCGAGAGCACAAAAAACACAGUUGAAGAGCUUAAGCAAAAGCUGCAGAAAGAAACAUCCGAAAUCAAUGUGGCCCUCAAAGCCUCCCAAGAAGAAAAGAAAGAAAAGGAGACUGAUGGUUUAAUAAACCUCUGCCCCUCCUCAGCCCCCGGUUUUAUACUGCUCGAACUCAAGCAGGCCAAACUGAACCUAACUCGGACCACCAGUGACCUUGCCGGAAUCCGAGCCACGAUCGACUCGUACAACAAGAAAAUCGAGGAGGAAAGAGCCUCCCUCGAGAAAACCCGCCUGAGGCUCUCCUCAAACACCUCGAAAAUCUCUUCCCUCGAAAACGAGCUCAGCCAAACAAAGCACAAGCUGGACGAGGCGAAGUUAGCCAGCGGCGGGUCCCACACGAAUAUUUCCUCCUCAGAUGUCACCCGACAGCUGCAGCAGCUGAGCUCAGAGGCCGAACAGUUCAAGAAAGUCGGGCAAGCCGCGCAAUCGCAAGUUCAGAAGGCAAUAUCUGAGAUCGAGCAGACGAAGAACAAGAUCAAAACGGCCGAGAUACGGCUGAUCGCUGCCAGGAAGAUGAAAGAAGCGGCACGGGCCUCCGAGCGUGUGGCGUUAGCCGAAAUCAAAGCCCUGUCCAAAAGUGAAGAAAAGAAUUCCGAAAAUAUAGUGACUCUGACCGUAGAGGAGUACUCGUCGCUAGUCUCGAAAGCUCAUGAAUCGGAGGAGAUAUCUAAGUGCCGAGUGGAGGCUGCGAUGGCCAAAGUCGACGAAGCAGACCUGUCGAGAGUGGAAAUCUUGAGAAAAGUCGAGGAGGCUACAGAAGAAGUGAAAACGAGCAAGCAGGCUCUGGAAGAAGCAUUAUCCAGAGUGGAUAUAGCAAAUCGGGACAAGCUUGCAGUUGAGGAGGCUCUCCGAGCAUGGCGUUCGGAGCAUAGCCGUAAGCGGCGUACAGUCCAAAACCCGACCAAAUUCAAGACCUCUAGUGGGCCGGGCCUCGUGACUGUUAAUGAUGGCCCACAGCCGGUUCUGAAGACUACACUUUCGAUUGGGCAGAUUCUGAGCAGGAAGCUGAUGCUGACUGAAGAGUAUGAGAAUGGGAUUGGGAAUGGUAAGGUGUCACUUGGUCAAAUGCUCGGUCAACCCACCAGCCGUGAUUUGGCGUGCAAGAAAGGAGGGAAGGAGAAUAAAGAACAGCUGCCACCCGUGAAGAGAAAGAAGUUUGGGUUUGCUCGUAUAUCAGUGCUCGUGGGAAAGCAGAGCAAGAAGAAAAAGAAUUUGAGUUCGAGCUCAAUGUGUAGGGGAGCUUAAAGAAUUUGGUCGUUCUCACAGAAUGUCAUGACUUAAGGCUUACACUACGAAACUCUCGGGCUUCUUAACUUCAGUACGUGCUUGCUACAUGUGCUAGACACUAGAAUUAUUUUUUAAUAUAUUUAUUAAUUAUAUUCAUUUAUAUGGUAAACUGCAGGCUUGAUAUUUUUGAACUAGAAUUAAUGGAUAAACUUAAAACUUAUUUUCGGGAAAAAUAUUCUUGUUUGCUUUCAAUCAAGUUUGAGUGAGUAUUGGUCUCUGUUGGGGCCCACCUUGCAAUGUGACUUGUCAAUCUUUCGUUGGACCACGUCAGCUAUAUAGAGUUUAUUAGUUUCCUUAUUUUAUGAGCUUUGACUUUUGAGACCACAUUUGGCUCAAGAAAAUUGGAAGAACAAAGGUGCACCUCUCUCUUCUCUUUCUCUCCUAAAAUAGCAGCCCUUCUCUUAAGAUAAGCGAUGGAUACAAGGAUUCUCUUAUGUAUACUCAUAAUCAGCAGCUGGAAGUGCUGUAAAGCCCGAGACUUGACAGCUAAACUUGCUACCGAAAAUAGUGACAUCGAUACAGGUAGUUUAUCUGGGGUGACCAGUUUCGGAAGUGCACGUUAAGUUCGCAUAGAGAAUUUCGGAAUUGACGUUUGUCAUUUAAAUGUUCAUUUUUUUUUUUUCCGAAGAAAAAUCUGAUCUUGAUUCUUGGUAUCUUGCCUUUAUCAACUCUGUACUAGCCCGCGGUAAAUAAAUUCAGAGCCUGUCGAGCUUUUAGCAUGAUAAAUUCUAUUGAUAAAUGAAAUGAUAACAAAUGCCUCAUCUUCUGCCACCAGUCGUGCAGUCUGAGGACAAUCCUUUGCAGGGAAAAGCUCAAAAUGUAGAGGACAUUAGCAAAAAUAAUCAACUGUGUACACUAUGUGAAGAGUUUGCCAGUGAAGCUCUUAAUUACCUUAACCAGAACAAGACCCAGACAGAGAUCCUUGACAUCCUUCACAAAUCCUGCGCCAAAGUACUUUCGUUCAAGCAGCAGUGCAUUGUUCUGGUGGACUAUUAUGCCCCUCUGUUUUUCAUAGAGGUUUCCAAUGUACAAGCUGAUGAAUUUUGCCGAAAAGUCAACCUAUGUGAGGAAGGAGUUUCCUUUUCUCAUCGUUUUUCGAAGGAUAAAUGUGAUAUCUGCCAUAAUGUUGUCACAGAGGCUCUACUGAAGUUGAAAGAUCCUGAUACGGAGUUGGAAAUCGUUCAGCUGCUUCUAAAAGCGUGCGACUCGAUAGGAAAAUCAGUCAAAAAGUGCAAGAAAAUAGUGUUCGAGUACGCGCCACUAAUUCUUGUUAAUGCCGAAGAGUUUCUGGAGAAAAACGAUGUCUGUUCAAUUCUGCGUGCUUGCGACAAAUCCAUGCAUGCUGCCAUUUAAUCGAUCGUCUGCAUUUUUUCAAACAAUGUUGGAUGAUUAUAUUUAACGGUGUGUAUAUGAUGUAUAUAUGAUUGAUGAUUUAACAGAUAUAUAUAAAUUAAAUACAAUGUGAUUCAAUUCAGAAGUUCGAAAAAAAUUCGCUCAUGUUAUCUUACGAUUUGUAUUCUUCCAAGGUCUCGUGUGUUUUCGGGACUGAAAUUAUAUUUUUGUUUGAA